CCCGAUGACAUCAUCGCGGUUACGUCAGGCACCCAGGCCCGUGAUCGCCCAAGAAGGAAACGACAAACUCAAAGGAGGAGGAUUGCCGUCGUUUCCGGUUGAUUUUGCCUUUUCUGCAGCUCUUCGAUGUUGAAAGGCCCAGACUCUUCCGCCUUCGAACCACGCCAUGAGCCUGUCCAUAUGACACCCCGACCCUAGCAUCGCACAUCCUGUCCCAUCCAUCUCCAUCCCCAUUUCCUCAGCUUUCCGCGAACUUCAUGGCCGAGCAGAUGGAGGAAGGAAGGGCCAACCCCGUGCCCUCGGAGCCUCCUCCUCUGCCCUACUCGCUGCGCACUCGGAAGAAGUCGAUUGCUAUUUUCUGGUCUUUGUUUGUUCUUGAUCUCGCCGCCCAGCCGGUCGCGUUGUAUUGGGGAUUAUGGUACGGAACAGACCUCUCGCAUAAUAUGGUGUUUACCAUCGUCACCAUAACGCUGGGAGGUAUAUCGGUAUUCGAAUACUUUUUCCGACUCUACAAUCUGUUCCGCAAAGAUUCCCGGACCCGGCCGCUGAACGCAAAGAAAUCAUGGCUCGAUUUCUUCCAUAUCAACUUCACCAUUGUUUGGUUGAUUCUGGCCGUGGAAUUGAUUACGGGAACGGUGGUUGAGGAACCAUACGUCCGACUCGUCGCUAUGGUUCUCCCCUCCGUCAUGUUCUACUUUGGUGCUGUCUACCUCGCCCUCGAUAUCCUCCGCGUUUGCGGGUUCAAGGCCCCAUUCCGCAUAUCGUCGACCCCCAAAGGCUCCGUCAUGCCUACAGCCUUGUACGUCCUCAUUGAAGAUGUCGUCGCCGUCGAUGGAGGUGGAGGUCAGAUCUAUCGCUAUGCACUUCGAACUCGGUAUCUAUCCAGUCCUUACUUCCGGCGGAUGCUCUUCCAGAUGAACUGUUUCUGGGCCGGAGGGUCCAUUGUCUUCGCCGCUGCCUUCACCGCCAUUAUCUUCACUACGCCUCAGUCCGUCGCCUUUACUUUGGGAUGGACACUGCCUCUAGUCUGGGCCGGUGUCUGGACAUUAAUCACUAUUCCAUGGGUUCAGAGCGAUCUUCGUCGUGAAAAGAAGGCUUGGCAGGAACAUCGUGUUCAAGGAGGCGUUCCGACGUAUACGGAUGAGGUCGGGGCACCGUCUGCCCGGACUCGACUGGAGUCAGUUCAAGUAAACCUACCAAGUUUCUUGCCCUGGGUUCGAAGUCCCGAAAAGGCAAAAGUUUCGUCGCCUCCUACGCCGUCUGAUGGACAAUCCAAUGUCUGAUUUCCGACGUUCGAUCUCCGACAACUUUAACAGCAACAAUUUCUCGCACACGACGCUUCUUUCAUGAACUACGCCACUCGCCUUACCGAUCAAGAUAACAAUGUUGUCCAGCUAACUUUCUAUGAUCAUUCAAGCAGCACAAUGGAUUGGUCGCAGAAAAUAAUGACGAUAUGGUUCAUAUACGAUGUACUCUAUUAUUUUGUAUUUAGAUACCCUGAAGUUGAUGAUUUUUUGUUAGAAUGUACAACACAAAAUUAGAAUACGAAUCUUCCGUGAUAAUAGU